AUGACGCAGGGUCCGGGCGGGCGCACGCCCCCCGCACCCCCUGCGCCCCCCGAGCCCGAGGCGCCCACCACCUUCUGCGCGCUGCUGCCGCGCAUGCCGCAGUGGAAGUUCGCCGCUCCCGCGGGCUUCCUGGGCCGGAGCCCGGCUGCAGCGCGCACGGCCGGGGGCGCGGGGGCCGCCGACUCCCAGCCCGAGCCGGCCGGCCCGGCUGGCGUCCCAGCGCUGGCGGCGGCGGUCCUGGGCGCCUGCGAACCGCGCUGCGCCGCGCCUUGCCCGCUGCCUGCGCUCAGCCGCUGCCGGGCCGCGGGGGCCCGGGGCCCGCGGGGCGCGCGGGGGGUGGCCGGGCCCCCGGACGCCGCCGCCGACGAGUGGAUCCGCAAAGGCAGCUUCAUCCACAAGCCGGCGCACGGCUGGCUACACCCAGACGCCAGGGUCCUGGGGCCCGGGGUCUCCUACAUCGUGCGGUACAUGGGCUGCAUUGAAAUCCUCCGCUCCAUGCGCUCUCUGGAUUUUAACACCCGCACCCAGGUGACCAGGGAAGCCAUCAACCGGCUCCAUGAGGCGGUGCCUGGCAUCCGGGGCUCCUGGAAGAAGAAGGCCCCCAACAAGGCGCUGGCUUCCAUCCUGGGCAAGAGCAACCUGCGCUUCGCGGGGAUGAGCAUCGCCGUGAGCAUCUCAACCGACGGCCUCAACCUCUCCGUGCCCGCCACGCGCCAGAUCAUCGCCAGCCACCACAUGCAGUCCAUCUCCUUCGCGUCAGGCGGCGACACGGACAUGACGGAUUAUGUAGCCUAUGUAGCCAAGGAUCCCAUCAACCAGAGAGCCUGCCACAUCCUGGAGUGCUGUGGGGGCGUCGCCCAGAGCGUCAUCAGCACCGUGGGCCAAGCCUUCGAGCUGCGCUUCAAACAGUACCUGCACAGCCCCCCGCGGGUGGUCGUGGCCCCGGAAAGGCUGACCAGGCCAGAGGACUCGGCCUGGGGGGAUGAGGAGGAAUCGGAACACAAUUACUACAACAGCAUCCCAGGGAAGGAGCCGCCCCUGGGUGGACUGGUGGACUCCAGGCUCUCGCUAACUCAGCCCUGUGCCCUCGGGGCCCUCAGCCAGGGGGCAUCUCCUGCUCGAAGGGACACGUGCAGCCUGCCGUGGGACCUGGGCGCCCCAAGUGCUGGCCCGCCGGGGGACGGCUACGUGCAGGCCGACACCAGGGGCCCCAGAGACUACGAGGACCACCUAUACGUCAACACGCAGGGUCUGGACGCCCCGGACGUUCUGCAGCCAGAGGACAGCCCCAAGAAGGAUCUGUUUGACAUGCGGCCCUUCGAGGAUGCUCUCAAGCUGCACGAGUGCUCUGUGGGGGCGGGCACGGCGGUGGCGCCCCUUCCCUUGGAGGACCAGUGGCUCAGCCCCCCCACCCGCCGGGCCCCCAUCGCCCCCACGGAGGAGCAGCUGCGGCAGGAGCCCUGGUACCACGGCCAGAUGAGCCGAAGGGCGGCGGAGAGGCUGCUUCGAGCCGACGGGGACUUCCUGGUGCGCGACAGCGUCACCAACCCCGGGCAGUACGUCCUCACCGGCAUGCACGCGGGGCAGCCCAAGCACCUGCUGCUCGUGGACCCAGAGGGCGUGGUGCGGACCAAGGACGUGCUCUUUGAGAGCAUCAGCCAUCUGAUCGACUACCACCUGCAGAGCGGGCAGCCCAUUGUGGCUGCGGAGAGUGAGCUGCAUCUGCGUGGUGUGGUUAGACGGGAGCCCUGAGCCAGGUGACGGUGCUCUGCCCCUGCUCCUGUCCCGCUCCGCAGACGCUCCCCAGACGCUCCCCAUCGAGGCCUUACGGGCUCCUCACCUUGGCUUUGGAUCCUGGUCAGGCAGAGCUGCCUCUGUCUCUCCUUCCUCGGGUUGGGCCUCUGGAUUUUCCUCCUCUAGCCGGCCCUGGGCUGGGCCAGCAAGGCCAAGAGAUGGGGGGGCCGAAGACCCCCUUCCCUACUGACCCCUGCCUGCCUCCACCCUCUGCCUGGGGUGAGGGUGUCCAUACCAAAGACAGAACCUUUUCUCAUCUCUGAAGAAAAGACAUCACAGAAACAGUGCUUUCUCUCCAAGCCCUGGCCAGGGUCCCCGCUGGGUCCAGGAGGCGGCAUCUCUUUCCCCAGAGGGACCUCAGCUCACCUCCCUGGAAAGAUGGGUUCCGUCCUUGACCGGCUCAGUUUCUCCACCUGAAAAAUCAGUGCACGGUUGUCUUUUAUGGGGAAGAAUUGAGGGGCUUUGGGUCCUCAGGCCGGGACACCUGUGGACAUUGGCAUUGGGGUGGGGGAGCCUCAGGGCUCACUGGGACGGUGGGGGACAUCGGGCAGCACCAGGACAAUCCGCCCUGGUGGGGGGCGGUCAUGAGGGCCCUGUCUGCCCAGCUGUCCAUCUGGACUGGACAUUUGGGUCUGUUUGUAAUUACAUGUGGGGAUGAUGGACACUGAGGGGCCCUCCGGUUGGGAGGCCCAGGCCAUUUUCCCAGGUGGAAAGCAAGGCACAGGUGUGUCCUCCUGUCACGGGAGAGUGUGUCCCUGUGGGGGAGGGGCGCUCCCAGAGCCGUAGCACUGCCCUCACGACUGUUUCCAACCCCAGAUACAGUGUCCCCACUCUGUCAGACCCAGCCGGUCCUCUCCAGGGAAGCACGGUAGUUUAUCUCCUGCGGGCUGCAGAUCACGGUCUUUGAAGAACAUUGGGCAAGGAGUCUUCCUCUUCUCCUCCUGACUGCUCUUAACUCAGCCCCGAAUGUGGCCUGGCUUCUCAGGUGUCCCCACUGCUGUCCGCUAGGAUCCACCGCUUAUCCCCAGCACCUCUCCAGACCUUCCCUCACGUGAUUUCUGGGCUCUCCCUGCCAGAAACCUCAUCUCUCUCUGGGACCCCGCCUCUGACUAUACCAGAGAGCCCUUCCCGACCCUCAGCACACCCUGCCAGGGCCACACAUGUGCCUGGGGUCUGGUUUCUGAGGUCAGCAGGCCCCAUCCCCACACCCUGGGGAAGCAGCAGCCCCCAUAGUCUGUCUGUAACAUAGUCUGUCCUCCCUCCUGUCAAAGGGCGGAGCCGAAUGGGACUCUGAUAGAGGUAUGGAGAUGGAGGGGCCAGUCUCCGUCCGUCUAUCCAUCCGUCCAUCCAUCCACCCAUCAUCCAUUAUUCAUCUCAUCCUGGUACCCUUUGGUAUGCCAGCAUUGGGCUCCCCAUAUCUGCCUGGACCUCUGGUGGGUAGCGAGGAUUCAGGAGGGACCAAGACCGGUCUGUCCUCACGGAGCUGACAGUCGAGUGACAUGAAGCAGCAAAUCCCCUCUAAGUGUGUAAUGACAACAGAAAAAGAUGGAGGCCUGGAAUUUAGCCCAGGAAAUCCAGGAGGGUGGGAAUGACACAGAGUCUAUGGUCUGGAGGAUAAGAGGCCCCAGGGAGGAGGACAGCAUUCUAGGCAGGAGCAAUAGCAUGUGCAAAGGCCCUGUGGUGUGUGGCUUGCAGCACAAUCAGGGGCCAGAAGGGUGGCCUGUGUGGCUGAUGGUGAGGUCAGAGGGGUAGUGGAGUGGAGGACACGGCUGGGGGAAGCUUAGAGUCAGGGACAGCUGCUGGAGAGCUUUUAAGCACAGAAAAGAUAGAAUUCCCAAGUGGGAAGUAUACAUUGGGGACAGGAGAGGAAUAGGGGGCAGUUGGGAGAACUCACUGGGCUCUGGACUAGGGGAGUCUCAGAGACUUGUAGGCUCGCGAGGGGUCCUGAUGCACUUUGUUCAUUCGUUCGUUCCCUUGUGUCGUCCCUCAAAGCCUGCCUGUAUGGAGCACCCCUGCUGAAGCCUCUGAGUGCUCCCAUUCUCCCCACUUGACAAAUGGGGAAGCAGAGGCUCAGAGGCUGACGGGCAGAGCUGGGAUUCUCACCCCCUCACCUCCCCUGUCCAGCUCUCUGAGCUGGGAGAGCCCCGUCUGGGGGGCCCCUGCAGCGAUAGGGCCUGUGAGCCUCGCUGCCGCCGGGUCCCCAGGUCCCUUCAGUUACUCGGCUGACAGAUGCUCCUUGGGCCGGCCUCAUCCUCAGGAAGCCUUGGGGUGGGAGGCAGUCAGUCACCAUGCAGCCUUGGACUGCUUGUUGCCCUUCCUGGAAUUGGGCUACUGCCCCGUGCCUCAGUUUCACCAUCUGGAAACCGGGGACAGUGGCCCUCCUCCACAGUGGGUUAACCUGUGCCUUGCUGGGCGGAGGUCUAUCAAGGGCAGGAGGCAGUUGCGUGGGUUAGGGCGACUUCUCAGGAUUGGAGCUUUUUUCUUCGCACUUCCUCAAGGAGCUGUUUGCUAGUGGCUGCCAGGGGCAGCCUGGCUCCUGGGAAGCACCCUGUCCUUCCUGUCUCCUACAAGGUUAGGUCCCUGGGGGCUGGGAGUGGAGGACCAAGGUCCUGCAGCAUGAGGGGGCCUGACUAGGGUGGGAGGGGCCCCCUCCCCAGCCUCCCCUCAUCUGAUCCCAGGAAAGCUGCCGCUUGGGGUGUGGGGACAGUCCUGGGGCCAUGCCACACCCGCCAGCCUCGGGGCUCUGCAGAGGAGGUCGGUUUUGCUGACUGGGAGAGGCUCCUGUUUAUGGAGCACAAGGCUACCUAACCGGCGGGCAGAGCCAGGGCCCUGGACCCUGCCUCUCCUAAGGCAGAUGUCUGGGACAUCCUCCCAGGUUCCUUGUCUCUCUGGGCCUCGGCUUCCCCAGCCCCUGAAGGUGAUGGGCUUGGGGCCCAGGGGAGGGGAUUCUGCUGAGCCUGCUGUGCUGGGGUCCCUUCGAGGCCGGGCCGGCCUCCUUUCCCAGCAGUAGCAGCAUCCAAGAAACGACGCCCAGUGCCUCUGCACGGUAUUCGAGGCCCUGUUGUAAACUUUCUCCCUGUCGCCACCCAUUCACCGUCACCCUGAGGCGGUGUGCAGGGGCCAAGUGCCCAGGGCACAGAGGCACAAGUCUGGACACCUGCCAGCCAUCACGCAGCAGCAAGUGCUGGCAUCAGGGUUCCAAACCCAGGGGAGCCCCUCCAGAUUAGGGUCCCUGGUUGUGCAGCACGGGAACCAGCUCAGAAGAAGCUCAAGGCCCCCGCCCUCAACCCAACAGGGAGGAGACCCUGCCCCAACCGGGUAAGAGGGCAGUGAAGCCCCCAGGACCCGGCCAUGUCCACCCACCCACCCCGCCGCCCCGCGACCUGACUCCGUCACUUUCCCUUUGUGCACGCCUCUGUUCCUGUCCAUGCAAUAGAGGAAAGUGGCUUGCGGCCUCUGAGGCCCGCUUCCCGCCCACUGCAGGACCGAGCGCUGUAGCGCUGCUUCGCACUGUGGUGCUAGUUCAUCCCCUUGUCUGGCAGGUGUUUGUUAUAGACCCCCGUGUCUUGGGGUCACAGCAGGGGUAAGGCUGCCUUCCUGCCUUCCUCCCUGCAGCUCAUGGCCCAACAGGGCAGUGGGCAUCAGCCAAAUAUGUGCUCUAGGGCGCUCUUCAUCAUGGCUAGAGAUGGGGUUCAGUGGACGUGCGGUCCGGCUGUGAUGCUUCCUGGAGGCCCAGGUGAACUGAGGCGUUCACUGGCAUCUGCCUCCCCUGUCGGACUUGGUGGCCGUGUCCUCCCAACACAAAAGGGCUCAGUGUUUGCUAAGAGAACAAAGCUGAGACAGACCAUGCGAGUCACGGACCUCUCUGAGCCUUGCUUUUCCCAUCUGGACCAUGGAACUCCAGACCCCACCUCACUCCGAGGGGUUCUCUCCCACUCCCUCCUGCCCCUCUGCACUGCCUUCUGCUGGUGAACCAGCGGUCAGACCAGCCCCCAUCCGUGCUGGGGCUGCAGGAGGAACACAGGAGGCUCCUGGACAAUCAUAAUUUAAUAAAGUCCAGGCUUUGGGUUAGUCCUGGCAACCCAUUAACUUGCUGGCUUCUCGCAGAUCAAGACUGGACCGGGACCUGGUUGGCUUUAGGGUCCAGAAGGGGACCUCGAAGCUGGGAGGUAGGGCCAGGGGUGAGGAAGCAGAGGCUCAGGUGGGUAGAACUCAAGGCAAGAGUGGUGGGAUCCGGGGACCCUGUGGUUUCAGGAAUGGCCAGGCCUGGGGGUGGGUCCCAGCUGGUCCCUCCACACCUCUCAGUCUCUGAGCUGUGACAGCGUGGUGGGGUUCUCUCCCGUCUCCCCUCAGAUCACAUUUUCCUGCUACCCGUUUGUCACCAAACCGACACUCACAAUGUGCCUGUGUACCUGUCCACCCGCGUCGCUGGCACUGGGAACCACUGGUCGUCUGGACCCCGCGACCGCUGCCACCAGCUGCUCAAUAAACACGCAGGCCACUCCUCGGGGGGCCGCUGCCGAGUGGACACCU